AUGUCUUCCUCUUCUUCUACCCCUCAAGCAACUGGUUUGCAAAUGAGUGAUAGUAUCAAAUCUUCCACAGAUAGAUUGUUGUACCGCAAAAAUGAUAUUGUCAGUGCUAAGUUAAGCUCGGAUAAUGGUAUUUAUUUAUCCGGACAACCUUUACAACAUCAACCAAAACAUGAAGAAUCGAUUUUGGAUACUUUAAGUGCAUGUUAUAAAACCCCUGACACAACAGAAUCAGAUUUCAUUCCAUUUAAGAAUAUAUUGAACGUAGAAUCGAUUGCAGGUAGUGUCGACGAAGCAGAUGAAGUUGGCAACUCCAAUUUAUUAGAGAUAACCUAUGCUUUACCAUUCCUGGAUUUGAAUCACGACUUGAAGAUUGAUAAAAUAAAAGUUGAUAUAGAAAGUGGCCCGGAAAUACCCCCUUCCCUUGCUCAAUUUAUUUUAACAGAAUCAUAUGGGAAAAGUAUAAUUCGGCCCUCUAUUUUGGUAUUGAUAAACCCGCAUGGCGGCCAAGGACACGCCAAAACUAUUUACAAAAAUAAAAUCUUACCAAUAUUACAAGCGGCUCGUGCUAAUGUUACGUAUUUUGAAACUAAAUAUCAUGGACACGCCACUGAGAUUGCGCGUGAGCUAGAUGUCAAUGAUUAUGAUAUAAUUGUUUGUUGUUCUGGCGAUGGGAUACCUCAUGAAGUUAUCAAUGGCUUCUAUCUUCGUCCAGAUAAAGGUUUACUGGCAUUCAACAAAAUUGCAGUUACUCAAUUACCUUGUGGGUCAGGGAACGCGUUGAGUUUGAGUACACAUGGUAGUAAAAAUGCUUCAGUUGCAACUCUUUAUAUGUUGAAAGCUCAUAAGACAAAAUUGGAUUUGAUGGCUAUUACCCAAGGUACAGGAAGUGAAAAGAUAACGAAAUUGUCAUUUUUAAGUCAGUGCUACGGUAUUAUUGCUGAUUCUGAUAUUGGAACAGAACAUUUACGUUGGUUGGGUCCUAUACGGUUUGAACUUGGAGUGAUACAAAAAGUGUUCUCGGGGGCAAAAUAUCCUUGUGACCUAUUUGUGAAAUACAAGUACGAUAAUAAUUCAGAGAUUUUGAAUCAUGUAAAUGAUUACUUGAGUAAUAAUGAUACUGAAAACGAGUUACCCAUUGUCACUGAAGAGAACUUGCAAAUAACGAGCCCUGAUUUAGAUCAACCUGUCCCCAAUGAUUGGAGACAUAUUCCUCAAGAAAUUUCUCAUAAUUUGAACAUCUUGUAUGUUGGCAAAAUGCCAUUCGUGUCUGCAGAUACUCAGUUUUUCCCUGCUGCUCUACCGAACGAUGGUUCAAUGGACAUGAUUGUCACCGAUUCCAAUAACUCAGUGUGGAAAUUGACAUCGAUAUUAUUGGCAGUUGAAAGUGGGAAACAUAUUGAUGAUGAAAAAGUGCACCAUACAAAAGUUUUGAGUUAUCGUUUGAUACCAAACAUUAAAGAUGAUAGCAAACACUACAUAUCUAUUGAUGGCGAAGAUUUCCCUUUUGAACCUUUUCAAGUGGAGAUUUUGCCAGGUGUGUUGACAGGAUUACUACAGGAUGGGAACUUUGUAGAAACAUCAUUUACCAAAUAG